UUGAAACAGAAUGAAUUCGUCGAGUGGCCGCUGCGACGUCGGCGCGCUCCCCCGGUGGUGGGCGACCUAGGGUUUCUCCCGUUCCCUCCCCAUCUCGAUCGCUUCCGAUUGCCGCAGAUUGUUGCUGAAGGGGGAAAAGAGAAGGCUUUUCUUCUUCAACCUUCUUUUCUCAUGGCCGAGUCUCGGGUGAUAAUUGGUACCUUAGUUUCAUGUCAAAGAAACCUUGUUGCUGCCUGUUUGGCCGCAAAUGUACCAAUUUUUGAAGGAGCUAAUUUUGUUGGUCGCAACAACCUUAAUGUCUCUGACAAGCGAGUUAGUCGCAAACAUAUCAGCUUGCAAGCAUCAUUUGAUGGCUCAGCGGAAGUUGUUGUGGAAGGACCAAAUCCAAUAAUAUUCAGAUGUGGGGGUCAACGAAAGAAGCUCUCCUCCCAAGAGAAAGCUAAGCUUGAUGAUGGUGACAUUAUUGAGUUGAUUCCUGGUCAUUAUAUGUUUAAGUAUGUAAAGGCUGGAACUGAACAUGCAUCAUCUUCAAAAAUAGAUUCAAGUGUCUUAAAAAUAGAAAAAAGACAGUGUGAUGGUGAGACUUCAGUCAUUAAAAGAAAGCGACAAGCUGAUGAAUAUGAAUUUUCUUCAAGUACUUUGCAGGAAAAUGAUGGCUUGAGACAAGAUAAUUCGACUGAGGCUUCCAAGUCAUGUGAUCCUCAGUUCAAAACAGCUUCCUUUACAUCAUGUGAUGACAUAGAAGCCAUUCGUCAUUUUAGGGUUCCCAAAGAGAGAUUAUCUUUGACUUUUCGGCUCAUGCAAGUACAAGGCCUCCCUUCAUGGGCAAAUUCCUCCUCAGUUACUAUUGGAGAUGUCAUACAGGGGAACGUGCUUGUUGCUAUUCUUUCAAAUUACAUGGUGGACAUAGACUGGUUGCUUUCUGCAUGCCCAAGCUUGAGGAAAGUCCCACAUGUCCUUGUUGUUCAUGGAGAAAGUGGUGCUACAGAAGAUCACCUUAAGAAAGUAAAACCUGCCAAUUGGGUCCUUCACAAGCCCCCACUUCCUAUAGCAUAUGGAACACACCAUUCCAAAUUCAUGCUUCUUGUAUACCACAGUGGAGUUCGUGUUGUUGUGCACACAGCAAAUUUAAUCUAUGUUGAUUGGAAUAACAAAACCCAGGGAUUGUGGAUGCAAGACUUCCCUUGGAAAGACAACAAUUCAUGCAAGGAUUCUUUUUUCGAAAAUGACCUGGUUGAUUAUCUCAAGAUGCUAAAGUUGCCUGAGUUUACUGCCAAGCUACCUGCAGUUGGAAAUGUCAGCAUCAAUGCAUCUUUCUUCAGGAAGUUCGAUUAUAGCAGUGCAAUGGUGAGGUUGAUUGCAUCAGUUCCUGGAUAUCAUACGGGUGCUAAUUUGAACAAGUGGGGGCAUAUGAAGUUACGAAGUGUUCUUGGGAAUUGUAUAUUUGACAAAGAAUUUUGUAAAUCCCCUCUUAUAUAUCAGUUUUCCUCUCUUGGUUCUCUGGAUGAGAAGUGGCUGUCUGAGUUAACAGUGUCCAUGUCCUCAGGUGUUUCAAGUGAUAAAUCUCCACUGGGGAUUGGAAAACCUCACAUAAUCUGGCCAACUGUAGAGGAUGUUAGAUGCUCCAUUGAGGGUUAUGCGGCUGGCAAUGCAAUUCCAAGCCCACAAAAGAAUGUAGAGAAGGAUUUUCUAAAAACAUAUUGGACGAAAUGGAAGGCUAACCAUGUAGGUCGCUGUCGUGCAAUGCCUCAUAUAAAAACGUACACUCGGUACAAUGGUCAGAACCUUGCAUGGUUUCUGCUUACUUCGGCAAAUCUAAGCAAAGCUGCUUGGGGUGCAUUACAGAAGAACAAUUCCCAACUAAUGAUACGAUCUUAUGAGUUGGGGGUACUAUUCUUGCCUGCUUAUGUGAAGGACCUUGGGAGUUGGUUUUCAUGCGCAGGCAAUGAUGGAACGGAACAGAUAGCACAUGAGAACUCCUCCUCCUCCUCCUCCAAGCCUUGGAGUCUGGCAACUCUCUGCUUAAAUGAUGAUGCCUCUGAAGUGAUACAGUUACCCGUGCCAUAUCAACUCCCUCCUCAACCGUACACCUCCGAAGGUGUAUUAUUCUAUGUCCUCCUCCAUCUUAGUUUCAGAUUUAAAAAGGAAAUUAAAUUGAUUCAUCUUUCUUUGUUUAUGUGCAGAUGUGCCAUGGUCGUGGGACAGGCGAUAUACCAAGAAGGAUGUGUAUGGUCAGGUGUGGCCGCGCCAUGUUCAGCUGUAUGCGAAACAAGACACUUGACCACCUUUGGUUCCUGCUUUGCAAGGGAAGAGGUGGGGAGCAGGAGGAAGGCCCCCGAAGAUGUGUCGUUCGAGAGAGAGAGAGAGUGGCUUUGAUUGCAAACGCAUGAAGCUUAAUCUUGUGACACCACUGAUUCUGAAUCAAACUGUAUUAGGUUAGGUCCCCUUAUGGGGGCCUAAAUCCACGACUCCAGUUCCAUGGAUACCAAGUUCUCGCAA